AUGCAUUGUAGAUACGGUAAGGUUUAUGCGAAUAACGACGAAUUUAUGCGACAUUUCCAAAACUAUGUUCAAAAUAUGAUCAUAAUCGACCACAUGAAUCAGUUCACUCAUCAGUACAGUACAUUUUAUGGUGAAAAUGAAUUCACUGAUUGGAGUGAUGAGGAGUUUCGACGGAUUUUGCUUCCUGUUGGAUCAUUCAAAAAUAUGCGUGAACGUGCCACAUUCAUUUCAUCGUCAAUCGAUCAACGAAAACUGACCAAAUGGGAUGUGCACGAGGAAAUACCUGAGCAUUUCGACUGGCGUCCAUAUAAAGUUGUAACACCUGUUAAAUCGCAAUUUAAAUGCGGUUCAUGUUGGGCAUUUGCAACUGUUGGUACGGUUGAAUCUGCUUAUGCGAUCGGGACGGGCGAGUUACGCAAUCUCUCAGAACAACAGUUGCUCGACUGUAAUCUUGAUAAUAACGCGUGUGAUGGAGGCGAUGUGGAUAAAGCUUUGAGGUAUGUAUACGAUGAAGGAUUAGUUACGGAGUACGAUUAUCCAUAUGUAGCACAUCGACAGGAUCAGUGCGCUCUGCAUGGUACGAAAGCAUAUAUCAAGUCAGCUGUUUUCUUGCAUCAAGAUGAAGCUUCCAUUAUCGACUGGCUUAUUCACUAUGGUCCUGUUAAUGUCGGGAUCAAUGUGACCGGUGAUAUGAAGGCUUACAAAGGUGGUGUGUAUACGCCGAAGAAAUGGGAGUGCGAGAAUAAAAUUAUUGGAACGCAUGCGUUGAAUAUUGUUGGUUAUGGAACUUGGAAAGAGACAAACGAAAAGUAUUGGAUUGUUAAGAAUAGCUGGGGACAGAAUUAUGGAAUGGAAAAUGGUUAUGUGUAUUUUGCACGUGGCAUUAAUUCGUGUGGUAUCGAAGACGAACCUGUUGGUGUGCUUGCAUGA